AUGGCGCUGGAUCCUCCUACAUACCUAGCCUCGCUGCAAAACAACAUCCGCCAGCGGCCCAUACCCUGGGAUGGCGCCGUUCGGACGGGCGUCCUGACCGAGGAGCAGCUGGCAAAGACCCGCGCUGUUGAGAAACCAAACCGGGAAGCGCGCAAACAGACGGUUGAAGCCGAUCUCGAUGGCUACCGUGCCCUUUUCGUCGGGGAGCCGGGUCAACCCAGUGUGCUCGAAUCUUCCAACAAACCCAUCGUCCAAUACCUGCUAGUCCUACUCAGCGACUUACUAGACUGUGCGCAUAUGAACCCUUUGAGCGUGCCGACACUCUCGAAGGCCCUUUUCAAAGACUCCGACCCCUACAGGCAACUGCUGCCGCUCCUGGCCCAGUCGUCCGGCCCAGAGGACCCGAUUCCGCUCCUCACAUCACAUGUACUCGUCAACCUGAUCGCCGGUUCGCGAGACGAGUCGGAUCUCACGUUGCAGAAAGCGCUGCCUGUCAUCCUGAGCUACCUGUCGACCCUCACCAAGAGCUCUGACGCCGGGCUACAGGACAUUGGAGUCCAGGAAUAUUCUACGGUCUUGUUCGGCAGCAAAUCCCGGCGCCAAUUCUGGGCACAGAGGAGCGAGACUGUGGCGCCGCUGAUCAACAUCCUCCGCGCCGCUGCGGGGUCUGCCAAUGGAGACGCAAACGGCAUCCGCUCGGGAAGCUUGAGGGGAGGCCCCAUGGAAGGCUCCAUUGGUGGUGGCGUUGGGCUGCAGCUUCUCUACCAUGUCCUCCUUGUCAUGUGGCAGCUGUCUUUCGAGGCUGAGGAGGUCGGCUGCGACCUGGAUGAGGAGUACAACAUCAUACAGCUCUAUACCCAGCUUCUCAAGCUUUCGCCCAAGGAAAAGACUACUAGGCUUAUUGUUUCUACGCUUUACAACCUUCUCUCGUCCAACAGGGCGAGCUUGUUGCCAGUGGCAUCGUUUGCUCGUCUACCAUCCUUACUCUCGAACGUAGCCUCGAGGCAACUCACAGACCCAGAUCUACAGGAGGAUCUGCAGAGCUUGAAAGACAUGAUGGACGAAUACACGGCAACCAAGACGACAUUUGACGAGUACGUGGCCGAGGUCACAAACGGCCAUUUGCGAUGGUCGCCACCACACCGUAACCAGACCUUCUGGGCAGAGAAUGCCCGGCGCAUCCUGGACGAGAACAACGGCGAGGUAGUGCGACAGCUGGCAGAGAUCAUGAAGAAGCCUUGGGACAAUGACAAGCAGGUCCUGGCCAUUGCAUGCAAUGACAUUGGUGCGCUGGUUCGCGAGGUGCCCGAGAAACGAGGUCAACUGGAAAGGCUUGGUCUCAAGACUCGCAUCAUGGAGCUCAUGGGUGAGGCUGAUGAGAAUAUGGGCAAACGGCCGCUGCUGGCCGCCACAACAAACGAGCUUCGCGCACCACAGACAGGAGCACAAAGGCGACACGCCUCGGGAUCUUCUGGCGAGACGUUGCAAAAGACGGCCCUCUAUGAUCUGCACGUCGCCAACGGCGGCAAGAUGGUGCCGUUCGCCGGCUACCACAUGCCGGUGCAGUAUUCGUCGCUGUCGGUGAGCGCGUCGCACGUCUUCACGCGCGAGAAGGCCUCGCUCUUCGACGUCGGCCACAUGGUGCAGCGGCGCUUCAGCGGUCCCGGGGCCGCCGCGUUCCUGGAGCGCGUUACGCCGUCGGGCAUCGCCGCCCUGAAGCCGCACCACGGAUCGCUGACCACGCUGCUGCACCGCGGCACCGGAGGCAUCGUCGACGACACCAUCGUCACCCGCCUCGACGACGAGCUCUUCUACGUCGUCACCAACGCCGGCUGCCGCGACAAGGACAACAAGUACUUCGCCGACGAGCUCGCCGCCUGGGACGGCGCCACCGUGAAGCACGAGGUCAUGGAUGGCUGGGGCCUCGUCGCGCUGCAGGGUCCCCUGGCCAAGGACGUUUUGGCCGAUGCCCUCGCCGAGCCGGCCGAGGUCGACCUCCCCAACUUGCACUUUGGCAUGUCGCGCUACGGCCGCAUCAAGCUGCUCGGCAUGGAGGUUUCGGCGCCGCUGCUCAUCAGCCGCGGAGGAUACACGGGCGAAGACGGAUUCGAGAUCUCGAUCCCCGAGGACGAGACCGUCGCCGUGACGCAGGCCCUGCUCGCCACCGGCACCCCUGAGCGCCUGCAGCUGGCCGGCCUGGGCGCCAGGGACAGCCUGCGGCUCGAGGCGGGCAUGUGCCUGUACGGCCACGACCUGGACGACACGACGACGCCCGUCGAGGCCGGGCUCAGCUGGGUCAUUCCCAAGGCGAGGAGGGAGACGGCGGGCUUCCACGGUGCCGAGGUUAUCCUGCCUCAGUUGGUGCCCAAGAGCAAGGGGGGCAAGGGCGUGGAGAGGCGACGGGUCGGCCUGGUGGUCGAGGGUGCCCCGGCCCGUGAGGGUGCUGAUAUCGUCAGCAGCGACGGCUCCACCAAGCUGGGCAAGAUCACGAGCGGCUGUCCCAGCCCCACGUUGGGCAAGAACAUCGCCAUGGGAUACAUUCAGGAUGGGCAACACAAGGCGGGUACCGAGGUUGCGGUUCUGGUCCGCGGCAAGCCCAGGAAGGCGGUGGUGGCCAAGAUGCCUUUUAUCCAGACCAAGUACUGGAAGGGAGCAUUGUAG